CCGGAUUUAUAAAGGCGAGGCCGGGACGGACGCGCGUUCUCGUCGCCUUUGCUGUCCCGGCGGCGCCGAUCGGACAGCCCCGCCCGCCGCCGUCGUCCAACAUGCUGAGCCGUGCUCUGCUGUGCCUCGCCCUGGCCUCGGUGGCCCGGGUGGGCGCCGACGUCCCGGAGGAGGAGGACCACGUCCUGGUGCUGAAGAAGAGCAACUUCGCGGAGGCGCUGGCAGCGCACAACUACCUGCUGGUGGAGUUCUAUGCCCCAUGGUGUGGUCACUGCAAAGCUCUGGCCCCCGAGUAUGCCAAAGCCGCUGCAAAACUGAAGGCUGAAGGUUCUGAGAUCCGACUAGCAAAGGUGGAUGCUACAGGAGAGUCUGAGCUGGCUCAGCAGUACGGCGUCCGAGGCUACCCCACAAUCAAGUUCUUCAAAAACGGAGACACAGCCUCCCCCAAGGAGUAUACAGGGGCCUCCCUGCAGAACAUGUUGCUGUGUGGGGCUCAGAAGAGAAAUGGCCAGGCAGGAUGGGUGCCAGCCUGUUUCAUAGGCACUUGGAUUUGUUUGGGUCUAGCUGGCAGAGAAGCUGACGAUAUCGUGAACUGGCUGAAGAAGCGCACAGGCCCUGCUGCCACCACCCUUUCUGAUGCUGCAGCUGCAGAGUCCUUGGUGGACUCAAGUGAGGUGGCUGUCAUCGGCUUCUUCAAGGACCUGGAAUCAGACUCUGCCAAACAGUUCUUGCUGGCAGCAGAGGCCAUCGAUGACAUACCCUUUGGGAUCACAUCCAACAGUGAUGUGUUUUCCAAAUACCAGCUCAACAAAGAUGGGGUGGUCCUCUUUAAGAAGUUUGAUGAAGGCCGGAACAACUUUGAGGGUGAGGUCACCAAGGAGAAACUGCUGGAUUUCAUCAAACACAACCAGCUGCCUCUGGUCAUCGAGUUCACUGAGCAGACAGCCCCAAAGAUUUUUGGAGGUGAGAUCAAGACACACAUUCUGCUGUUCCUGCCCAAGAGCGUGUCUGACUAUGAUGGCAAGCUGAGCAACUUCAAGAAAGCGGCCGAGGGCUUCAAGGGCAAGAUCCUAUUUAUCUUCAUCGACAGCGACCACACUGACAACCAGCGCAUCCUUGAGUUCUUCGGCUUGAAGAAGGAGGAGUGCCCAGCUGUGCGGCUCAUCACCCUGGAGGAGGAAAUGACCAAGUACAAGCCCGAAUCGGACGAGCUGACAGCUGAGAAGAUCACAGAGUUCUGUCACCGCUUCCUGGAGGGCAAGAUCAAGCCCCACCUGAUGAGCCAGGAACUGCCUGAAGAUUGGGAUAAGCAGCCUGUAAAAGUACUGGUUGGGAAAAACUUUGAGGAGGUUGCUUUUGAUGAGAAAAAGAAUGUCUUUGUGGAAUUCUAUGCCCCAUGGUGUGGUCACUGCAAGCAGCUGGCCCCCAUCUGGGAUAAACUGGGAGAGACGUACAAGGAUCAUGAGAAUAUCAUCAUUGCUAAGAUGGACUCGACAGCCAACGAGGUGGAGGCUGUCAAAGUGCACAGCUUUCCCACACUGAAGUUCUUCCCCGCAAGCUCAGACAGAACGGUCAUUGAUUACAAUGGUGAGCGGACACUAGAUGGUUUUAAGAAGUUCUUGGAGAGCGGUGGCCAAGAUGGAGCAGGAGAUGAUGAUGACCUCGACUUAGAAGAAGCUUUGGAGCCAGACAUGGAGGAAGAUGAUGAUCAGAAGGCUGUGAAAGAUGAACUGUAAUGGAGACGCCAGACCUGAGCACCCUAACCCAAAACCUCGGUGGGCCGUGCUCCCAGCAGGCCACAACUCCAGAGCCUGACCCUCACCCAAGGAGGGCACGUCCUCGGAACCCAGGGAAUCUUUCCGAAGCCACACUUAUUCCAAUACACUUAAACCCACCUCCUCUUUUGCUUUUCAGGUUUUUGGAAUGGGAUUUAUCUCCAGGCCAGCCCAUCUUGAAGGGCUACAUUUUUUUAAUUGUGAUGUACUUUUUUAAAGUACAUGGGUUUUGUCCCAAGUGCUCGCUAAAAUGUUUGGAUUCUCACACUGUAAUGUCUUUCCUGUGAGGUCACACUAUCACUUCCGAUUCCAUCUGUGAGACUGAGGCAUUUCUUGAUGUCAAGGUAUUCCACCGUGGCCUGCUUCCCUGAGAUUCCUCCCUGCCCUCUGUGGGGAGGGAUGGAUGGAUCUGGACUGAACAGGGUCACUCUCCCCACCUACCAGUGUUGCCGUGACAGCAUGGCUUUUGUAGUUUUUGGUUAACCAGGGACUUCUGCAUCCUGUCAGAGGGUGGGCCCCCCACAUGUGGAAGAGGGCGGUGAGGCUGGACACAGAGGCCAGGCCAGGCCUGGACAGCUCCCCUCCCUCUCCUCAAGCUCAGACUACCGGCCAGCCCACUCUGAGCACAUAACUGUGUGACUGUUGGGUUCUCUUCCAGCAUGGCCUGUGGCCUAUGUGAGGCAAAACCAGGACCCUGGAUUUCCAGGCUGGGAGUCAGCCAAGGACAUUAGGGCCGAAUCAAACGUCCAUUCUUCAAGCAUUUCUACCAUAAUAUUGGAAUUGAACACAUUGGUCAAAUAAAGUUGAAAUUUUACUACCCAUCGUCA